AUGGAUACCACUGGCAAUACUUUAUCAUUCGCACUCAGUGUGUUUGAGACUGCAAUUGGAAACUCUGAACAUGUGAUCGACUACCUCUCAAUCAAGAUCGUCGAGAAGAUCAUCUCACUAUUUGACAACUCACGUAGUAAUAUAAGUAAUCCAUCCUUAAAGAUUGCUAUGACAUUGGUCAAUACUUUUGAGGGAGCCAGGAAGAUGUCAAGUGUGCUGUUGAGUGAGGACAGACAGGAAUCAAUAUUCCAAUCACUGAUAGCCAAUUUGAAUAGUACUGAUAUGAUCACUCAAGAGUACACACUCAACCUCAUCAACAACCUAAUCAGUCUGUCCGACAAUGGUCUGAUCUUCCUGGAAGAGUUUGAGAAGUACAACUUAUCUCCCAUCAUCAAGAAGAAGAUAAAUACCAAUGAUAUCCAAUUGAAGAAGCAAAUAUAUAGAUUGCAGAACUUGAAGUUGCAGGAGUUCAUCAAGGAUUGUUCGACACAGUAUUGCAAGGAUGAUGCUAAUCAUGAGAGAUUGUUGGAAUGUUUGUGGACGACGAUGUUUGAGGAUCACAAGUUCCAGAGAGUGGAUGAGCGCUGGAAGGGCAUUGGAUUCCAAGGUAAAGACCCUUCAACAGACUUUAGAGGCAUGGGUAUAGCCGGACUCAAGAACCUACUCUACUACGCCACACAUCAUCAAGAUUCCCUUCGUACCCUUAUGAAGCAACAGAGUGCCCUCCAAAGCGGUGCCAGCAAUGACCGUUACUAUCCUGUUGCCGUCUGUGGUAUCCACAUCACAAGCAUGUUAUUAGAGUUGAUAAAGCCACCACUUAGUUACUCAGCUCAGUUGCAACAACAACAACAACAACAACAACAAGAUUAUAUUGCCAAUGAUAAUAUUAUAUCGAUAUUGUUUGAUCAUAAGAAUUCAUUGGAGGAGAUAUAUUGCAUCACAAUGGAGAUAUUUGCCAUGGUCUGGGAAGAAGGUGCAGCACGCUACAUGGACUUUGCCAAAGUGAUCAGUUACCUAAAGACACAAAUAUCCGACACCAUAUCACGCGCAUCAACAAUCCAAGAGUUCAAGACCAACAACUUUGUCAUGAAGCGACUUGUUGACUACAAGAAGAUCCUGGAACCAUUGAGAAAGGACUCCAAGGGCAAUCCUAGACAAUCAUCAAGGAGUAACAACUCAUUCUACGACGAGAGAAGAUCUGUCGACUAUAUUCCAGCAAGGAAUCAACAAGACUCGAAUAGUGUACAUGAGUUACUUUCAAAGUCAUAUUCAUCAGAGGACCAGGACUUUAGUACUGAUAUAGGACAUGUGAUUGUUUCAUCAUCGGAUGGAAACACUCCAUUGCAUUCAUCAGUCAACUCAUUGUCAUAUGAUGCCGCCACUCAACAAGUCAAUGCCAAUCACUCACUAAGCAACUCACUCAAUGGACAAGGAAUGACACCACUCAAUCUAGCCUGUCACAGUGCCAACUCAAAGAUGAUCGAGUUAUUGCUGUCCAAUGGUAGCAAUGUCACUGUUCCCGCAAAGAAUGGACAUUGUCCCAUGCACAAUGUUGCUUCGAGACGCUGGCAAUCUGAAGAGUUCACUAGGUUGGUCAAGUCGAUGCUGGACAAGGGUGCGGACAUUGAUUGUCGCACAGGUGAUGUCCAGGACACGCCACUCCACAUAGCCGCAUCCAAAGAUUGUGACGAGAAUGUCCGAGUACUUCUCAAUCUUGGGGCCAAUCCAAACAUAUUCAACAAACGUGGAGAGACACCAUUACAUAUUGCAGUUGCCAGGAGGAACAAGGACAUUGUGGAGUUGUUGACAAAGAAUGGAGCCGAUGUUAACUUGAACAAUGUGUUGUCAGGUGAUGGUUGUGAUGAUAUAGUUGGAAUGAAUGUCGAUGGAGAUAUGCUGACCGUCAGACAAUCAUUGAGCAAGUCCCAAGACAUCAUUGAUCAACCAUCAUCCACGCCAACACCAACCCCCGUCACACCUGGAACGACCACAACACUGGCCAAGAAACCACCACCUCCAGUGCCCAAGCGCAACAACAAGGUCGAUCAACAACUGAUGGUCAACUCGCCUUCACACUCAUUGACACCGACUCCACCAGGAUCACCAUUCAUCACAUCACCGUCGAUCAAGAGUGCCCGCACGCCAAUCAGACACACUAACAGUGUUAUUGGCCUCCAGUUUGAGACGCCCGCAUCCCCACCAUCUUCGCGAUCUGGCGCAUCAGUCAUUGUGAACUGUCCACCAGACCUCAACAUAGGUGGUAGCAGUGGAGGUAGCAAUGGUGGUCACUUGAUGAGCUUCAUCAGUCGCGCAGGCAGAUCAAACUCAGGCAGCAGUGGCAAUGGUAGUGGAAGUGGUAGUGGCAGUGUGAGUGCCAAUGGCGGUGGAUAUAAGGACGGCACGGCGUCAUUCAACAUGAAGCAUCUUGAUGCAACAAAGAAGAAGCUGGCCGAGACCAUGGGCAUGGUUGAUCAACUCUACAGCACCACCGAGUACAAACAUCAGAAGGAGACAAUCAAGAGGAUUCUGGACAACUUCAAGAGCUGCAAGUCAAGUCUCAAGAGCCUUAAAUAA